AUGGGUGCAUCGAACAUUCCAGACCUUCAAUUUACUCCCAUUGAGGUUAUCCAGGAGCGCGCGUCAACCCUCCGCAAGACCUUUCUCGAACACAAGACGCGCGAUGUCGAGUUUCGCUUGAAACAGCUCCGCAAGCUCUACUGGGCUGUCAAGGAUAAUGAGGAGAAAAUCGUCGAGGCCCUAGCACAGGACUUGGGGAGGCCGCGCUUCGAGUCCGAGGUCGCCGAGAGUGGAUGGGUGCAGAACGACAUUGUCUUUGUGAGCCGGAAUCUGCACAAGUGGAUGAAGGAAGAGAAGGCCGAGGAUAUCGAUCUGUCGUUCAAGCUCAUGAAUCCCAAGAUCCGCAAGGAUCCCCUGGGAUGCGUCCUGGUCAUCGGUGCAUUCAACUUUCCCUUCCAGUUGACUCUCGGACCUGUCAUCGGCGCUAUUGCCGCUGGUAAUACCGUUGUGAUCAAACCCAGCGAGAAUGCUCCCAAAUGUGCCGUCGUCAUUCAGCAAAUCGUGGAGGCGUCCCUCGAUCCCUCCUGCUACACGGUCAUCCAGGGAGGCGUGCCGGAGGUCCAGGCUUUGUUGGCGGGAAAGUGGGAUAAGAUCUUCUUCACGGGAGGCGCCACCGUCGGUCGUAUCAUCGCCAAGGCAGCCGCUCCCAACCUGACGCCCGUCGUGCUGGAACUGGGUGGCAUCAACCCAGCAAUCAUCACCAAGACGGCCAAUCCGCGCCUCGUCGCCCGUCGCAUGCUAUGGGGUAAACACCUGAACGCCGGCCAGAUCUGCACGUCCCAGAACUACCUGUUGGUCGACAGGGCCAUCCUCCCUGCCGUCAUCGAGGAAUUCAAAAAGGCCUACAAGGAGUUCUACCCCCAGGGAGCCAAGGCAUCGCCGGAUUACUCACGGAUUAUCAACGAGGGCGCCUUCCAGAAACUCAAGACCAUGAUCGACAAUUCCAAGGGCAAGAUCCUCAUGGGAGGAACCAUGGACGAAAAGGACCUCUUCAUCGAGCCGACCCUUGUGCAAGUCGACUCGCCCGACGACUCGCUCAUCAUCCAGGAGAGCUUUGGCCCGUUGAUCCCCAUUCUCCCCGUCGACAACCUCGACGAGGCUGUCAACAUCGCCAACGGCAUCCAGAGCACGCCACUGGGUGUCUAUCCCUUCGGCAACAAGGCCGAUACCGAAAAGAUCCUCGCUUUGACCCGCUCCGGCGGCGCGGCUGUCAACGACGCCGCCCUACACAUCCCCACGCUCGCCUUCGGCGGCGUCGGCGAGAGCGGCUACGGCGCCUACAGAGGCAGAGCCAGCUUCGACGCCUUCGUCCACCGUCGCCCCAUCACCACCAGCCCCAGCUGGCUCGAAGCCAUCCUUGCAAUCCGGUACCCGCCGUACGCCGGCAAACUCAGCAAGUUAAAGGCCACCAGCACCCUGGCCCCCGACUUCGACCGCAACGGCGAUAAGAUCCGCUUCGGCUGGCUGCGCAUGUUCCUGACGCUUGGCGGAGGCACCGCAAAGGCCGGCGCUGGUAGGGCCGCGGUUGUCGCAGUAGGUGAGUGA